AUGAUUUCAGCUUGGGGAAGGCAUGCAUAUGAUAUAUUUAUUUUGGGUUCAACCAAACUAGUUCGUCGAAUAUUUCGAUUAGCAGCUUGUAAAAUGGGUAUAACAUUUUCAUCUCCGUCAAGUCCAGAGCCAGACGAUUCUUUGUCAACAGCUGAUCGCCUCAAUACUUUUCUUGAUCAGAAACCUUUAAAAAUGGCCAAUAUGCUCAAAUUAGCAAGAAUAAUUAAUGAUUGUACGCCUGAAGAAAAAUUGUGCCUAUAUAGAGCUGGUGUGGUGCAUCGUAUAUGCAAAAUGAUUGCAGAAUUCGGAAGCAUUGACAAUGGUAAAAAAAUAGUGUCAGAAAUGGAAGAAAAAGGAAGAAAAAUGCUACGAAAAUCAUCAAACACUCUUAGAACUAAAGGGGUGGGUUAUGGUCAUGGAUCAACGAGAAGUCGUUGGGAUAUCGAGAGAACUGUUGAGGAAAAGUUGGCUCGAGAGGAGCAUUUAAUAUGGCUUUUAAAUGCAGUAACGGCGUACAUCUAUUGCAUUUCACCUGAUUUUUCCAAUGAAGAACAACUUCGCUUCAUACGACAAAAUCCGGUGCAUAUCGGACCAAGUGUUAUUAAAGAAAUUGGUGAAUCAGCCAUUGUUCCCCUUCUAGAGUACCAUUUAAACAAUGGCAGUAUAUUUGACAUCAGUGAACAUAUGGAACUAUAUCAGGCACUUUUGGAAACUGCUGCAGCUAUGUCAGUUAUUCCUAGUCUUGUGCCCUAUCUAGUGCGGCCUCAACAUCCUGGGUCAAGAUCAAUAGCAAAAGAUCUCAUCUUACGUUUUUCCUCAGCGAUGGCGUCAUAUCCAAACAUAUUUAAGAAUCAGAUGGGAUCACCUGAUUUUAGACUAAUUGAUUUUAUAUCGAAGAUUGAACACUAUUCAGAAGUUCUCAUAAACGCUGCUCGUACCUAUGAGCAUGAUCUUCCCGCUGAACAACGAGUACACACUGCAGGCUUACAACCGCAGUUAAUAACUCAUAAUGCAGCAACAACAUUUACCGGGCAUAAUGCGGAAAAUCUUAAGUUGUCAUUCAUUGGUGAAUACGGUAAAUUAGUUGAGCAGUUUACUUUUAAAAAAGAGGUUCGUUGCGUUAAUCCAUUUUCGCCCGCAUCGAAAGACCGAACCAAACGAAUAGCUAAGGAAUUAGCAUCAAUGGCCAAUACUUUGCCGCUGAAUGCUAGUAAUAGUAUAUUUAUUUGUGUUGAUGAAAGUCGCUGUGACAUUGUAAAAGCACUCAUCUCUGGACCGGACGAUACACCUUAUCAGAAUGGCCUAUUUGAGUUUGACGUCUUCUUCCCGCCAAGGCAAGUAGUUUAUCCAUAUUCACCACCUAGGUGUAUGUUUUUGACAACGGGAUCGGGAGCGGUUCGCUUCAAUCCUAAUCUUUAUAACGACGGAAAAAUUUGCCUCUCAAUUCUAGGAACAUGGGAAGGUCGACCUGAGGAAAAAUGGAAUCCUUAUUGUUCGCUGCUUCAAAUACUUAUUAGCAUCCAAGGUCUUAUAUUUGUAAGGGACCCAUAUUUUAACGAACCUGGUUUUGAGAAAUAUCAAGGAACUACGAAAGGUGAUGAAUGCUCACAGAAAUAUAAUCUCCAAGUCGAGCAUGCUACUCUCGUUUAUGCAAUUCGAAAUCAAUUGAGAAAUGGACCAGAAUACUUUCGGAACGUUAUUCAACGCCAUUUUUGGCUGAAGCGACAUCAUAUAAUUGAGCAAGCAAACAGAUGGCUAAUCAGAAUUCGCGAAGAUGCUGCUAAUCCUGACAAUCUGAAGCGAAAAAGUUCCCCACACGUCGAACUUAUAUGCGAACCCAUAAUUCAGGUUUACUUAUCAUUUUUCUAUGCAAUAAAGAAAAACAUUGAAAGGAGAAUACUGCAGUUAAUUGAUGAGCUCAAUAAUAUGUCUUAUCCAGUUGAUCUAGGCGAGUUUAUUAAUGGUUACAAUAAUAAAAUAUUUUAA